CUGUCACUGCGAGGCAGCAUCGGUUAGCGAUUUGAGAAAAUGUCGUCGUCAGUUGGACAAGGUUGAUUUUCUGUCGUGCCUCAUCAUGUGAAAUGACCAAAAGGCGGUUAUGAGCAUUAACUGAGAAACUGGGUGAAUAUGUCAUUCUAUUUUGAAGAGCCACCAGUAGGUGGUACCUCAGUUGAAUGCUCUGGAGAACUGGGUGGAAGGAAUGGAAUCAAAGAGCUAUGUGAUGAGGUAGAUGACAUUGAAUCAGAGUUGUGUAUGAACCAAUUAGUUCCAGGAACAGACAUGAACAAUGAUACUGCAGAUGUAGAAAGUGGUGUUGAACCAGACUCAAAUGAAUGGAUAUUUCAAGAUAUUGGAGAAUCUGUUGAGUUUGAUAUUACUGCAGAGCAAGCAUUGGCCACACUUAGAUAUUUCACCUCGACGGCGGAAAGAGCAAAUUUGUUGACAAAAACCCAUCAUGAUGACCUUGAUGUUAUAUCGGAACUUCUCCAAGAGAAAGAAAAAGAUUUGGAAUUAGCAGCACGCAUUGGCCAGUCUCUUCUGCAUCGAAACAAGAACCUGUUACUCAAGAUUGAAGCAAUGGAGGACUAUAUAUCCAAUGUAACCGACCAGAAAGAACAAAUGAAACACGAAGUAAAUCUGAAGAAUGACCUGAUUCGCAACAUUCUUCGCGAAGAAGAAGAUUCCAAUUUAGAAUUUGAUCCACUGCAUCCAGAAACAUUCUCUGGCAGCAGUUUUAAUGAUUCUGGUUGCAAAGACGAGUCUAUUUUGCUGCUGGAAGACAAAUGCAAACAGUUGGAAAAACAAAAUGUAGAGCUUCUUACUGAGGCGCUUAAUUUGAAAGACAUGGCGAUACAGGCCGAAGAGGAAGAGCAGGAUUUGGUUGUGGAUUGCGUAAAGCAUCUUGCUUUUGCAAAAGAACAAAUCACACAUCUCACCGAUGAAAUAGCUCUAAAGUUCGAAGACAACGUCGCCCAACAGGAAGAAAUCACAGAGCUAAUAUCAAUGGUUGUGGAAUUGCAAAGGAAGCAAAAACAGUUAUCGGUUGAAAAUGAAGAUUUGCAAUUCCAACUAGAGGAUUCCCAGCAAAGCCAAGAGUUUUUGAGAUCUCAACUUAUCGACAUGCAGCGAAGAUUCCAAGAGUGUUCUGAACUGCUAAGAGAGAACCAGGAUGAGGUGAAGCACGAGUUCAGAGAUCUCUUGAGUAGCUGGUCGUUCGCUGCAUGUCGUGAUAAAGCUGCAAUGUUGAUUAAGCACGCAGAAGAAAUCACAGAGCUAAUAUCAAUGGUUGUGGAAUUGCAAAGGAAGCAAAAACAGUUAUCGGUUGAAAAUGAAGAUUUGCAAUUCCAACUAGAGGAUUCCCAGCAAAGCCAAGAGUUUUUAAGAUCUCAACUUAUCGACAUGCAGCGAAGAUUCCAAGAGUGUUCUGAACUGCUAAGAGAGAACCAGGAUGAGGUGAAGCAGCUUCGAGACAGAGUUGAGCUGAAGGAGCGCGACUCUUGGGUUUUGGAUCAUUCACCUUCUUCGACAACUCAGCACGAUUCGCUCGCUUGCGAAAUCGAAGAGACGUUAAAACGAGAACUAAGCUGGCACGACAGAAACCGAGAAAAGACAACAAGAGUUCUGGAGCAAGUAAGAAAUGCAAACAAAUACUUGAAGCCGGGCAGCAACUACACUGCAUCGAAUUCUGGGAAUUGCUCCUCGGCAGCGUCGUUAAAGUCACAGACAAGCGUGGAUUCUGAUAGUCAUUCUGUUAGCUCAUUGAGUCGAUCUGUAGUUGGAAGCCAAGAUUUCGAUGAUGGUCGAAGGAGGAAGGGUUUCUUGGCAGCAGAAAAGUUACAAAUUGUAAAGCCAUUAGAAGGUUCUUUGACGCUUCAUAAAUGGCAGCAUUUAGCAUCUGAAAACGUAGUUGCUGGGUUGAAUGUUGGCAAUGUUUUAACGCAUAAUGAAGCAGAACGGCAAGCUGACCUCCAGAUUAGUCCAAUUGAUUUGCAAUCGGCCGAAUGCUCGUCAACUUUAAGUCAGUCAGAAAUAGGUUCUAGUUCCUAUUUGCGAGACUUUGACAAUGGUGGAAAGAAAUAUGACGAUGACGUUGAUGAUGAUGAUGACAAUGAUGACUUUGGCCUGACAUUAAAGGCAGAUAGAUCCAAUGCAGCGAGGGAAACCCAACCAGUCUCUCAAGGCGGCAAAGAAAAACAGUCAACCCCAAUUCAGGCCAGUGCUAAGUCGAUGGAAUCCAUGUUUACGAGUGGACACCCUGAAGGAUCUAAACAGGAUUCAGUGGGACUGAAAGCUUUAGGAAUGGCUGCUAAGACCCAUCACGAUCGCACAAUUAUAACCCGAAACUCGUCAGUGCUAGCUUCUAUGCGGGAGGCAAGGUCUAUGCUGAACAAGGAAAACGGUAGCGCCAAAGCCAAAGCAAAUGCAAUUGAUAUUCUCGCGAACGCCAUGAGUAAAGCGAAUGUCGAGGCGAAAACGGGACAGCGAAUCCUCGAAAGUGUUUCGAACAGAAAUAACCAAGGGCGUGUCAAUUUGUCAACACCAAGAAAGGAUUACCAAGAUAUGCCCAAACUGAAUAAGGUUUUAGAAAGGUUGGCUGCAAAUAAGGGCAAAGGAAAGGUUGACCUAGAUGCAGUUCGAACACCGCUGAAACUAUUAGUUGAAAGGGCUGCAAGCAUUUCGACAAAUAAAAAUGACGCGACUGUUAAAACUGGUGUUGAUAAAGAAGUAAAAAAUAAAAGUGAAGCAUCAGCAGCUGUUUCAAGGGCAGAUGUUACACCCUCAUUAGUGGUGGGGCCUGCAGGAAUGCGUGCGACAACAGGGGUUCUGAACACCAUACUUCAAAGAAGCGGCGUUAGUUCCACACAAACUCCUUUAUUGUCCUCAGUAUUGUCUUCCAACAUCAGUGCUGCAAACUCGCAAGAGCCCAGCGUAAAACCCGCAUUAACGAGGUCUUGGAGUAGCGGUGAUGUCAGAAGUCUGAAUAAAAACGACCUUUCUUCGUUGGGCUCCUUUCAGCCUGCUACAAGUUCUGAGGGCAGUGGUCGUGUUCGUCGAAACAGCUUGAAUGCCGACUUACCGUCGUUGUCAGACACAAAAAAGACUGCCUUUGCCGGACUUGGAAUGUUGAAACGCUCAAACAGCAGUGGAAGUCUAUCUGACCUUGUCAAACAAACUGAAAUAAAAGCUACAACGGGCUCCCCACCAAGCUUCGCUCCAUUCAUCAGUUUCGAUAAUUAUGGCGUUGAAGAUUUUUCUAUGAAUUUGAAAAGCUCGACGUCAUCAGGCGGAACAACAACAGUUACUACGACGACCUCGUCAACGUCUGCAACUACAACCACAGUGAGUAAACCCACUGGGUUCUUACGCAGUUUUUUCUUAGGCUCAUCAAGUGGAAGUAAUUCUGUUGAUGCGAAAAGACCGUCUAGUUUGCAUGAAGGAGGUACUGGUACUGUAGGGGCUGCUACUGUAGGGGCUGCUGUCGCCAAGGGGACCGGGAGAUCAGUUGAAAGCGGAAUUAACCGGUUCGGAAAGGCCUUGGCACAGGAGGAUUUUGGUGGAUUUGGUUUUGGACUCAUGUCUUAUUUCAGUGGUUCAAAGAAUUCAAAGUCUGGCUCAUCGUCACCUUAAAUCUAAGGAGGGACUCCCGGCACUGCUUGCAGUGAAGUUUGUCUUAGACUCUAGUAUCUACAAGCGCAACUCUCCGUGCAAUACCUAUAUCCCUUGAGUAUCGACAGAGUUUGUUAUUUUGUAGGCAAAAUGUCCAUUGUCAGCCACGAUUUUAGAUUUAAAUAAAUGCAUUGUUUGGAAUGCCAUGAAGAAUGCUUACUUGAAUGAACAGAAAAAUUGAAUGGAAUGAAUCAGCUAUAGACUGGCGUUAAAACUUUUGUCGAGUGAUGAAGGACCAUUUGCUGUUAAGAUUUUAAUUUUAACCUGGCAAAAUGUAAUCAAACCAGCGUAUUUCACGUUUCACAUGAAAAUAUUUAAACUCGAACCAAGCAGCGGAAUGUUGAACCUGAUGUUUCGACCAUUGUAAGGUAAGGGACCUGCGGAUCACUUUUCUUUUCACUGGAACAGAAACUUCAAUUGUGUUCCAUUCCGCACAACUUGUUACCAGAUGCUGCAUAUUUUCAAUGGCCACACCCUUACACUUAAUGACAAAGUAUCUAUUUAAAGAUGCCAUCUCAUAGAAGUUUUGAAAACUAUUUUAUUCCCCUGUGGUGCCCGUAAGUACUUUACCUAAGAAAGUAACCCAGUAAAAGGUAGGUCUAGUGAAGAGAAAAGUCGCCUUUAAGCCCCGUUAAAACGCUCUCAACAUUUCACUGAACAUCGCUCAACAUUUGUAGAGUGCAAAUGUUGAGAGCGUUUUAACACCCUGUUCAGUGAUGUUGAGUGGUGUUGAGCGGUGUUCAGGGAUGUUGAGUGGAGUUUGAACAGAUUCAAAAAUGUUCAGCGGGUCGACUCAACAUUUCUAUUGUUAAAGGUGUUGUUGAGAGAUGUUGAGAGCGUUUUAACACCCCAUACAACAAUGUUCAGUCAGCGCAAGCGCACUAGACUUGGAUUUUGCGCGCCAAAGAAAGGCUUCAGCGUGUCAAGAUUUCAGAUCAGACCAAGAGGUUGAGAGAAGUUGAAUUUUAUAAAUCGUAAUGGCACACCAUGACAAACGCUUGGAAACUGUUGGCAGUGAAAGCAAAUCGGAUGAGAUAGCAAUUCAAAGCAUGUUGCAAGACCAAUAUCCUGACCUUAGGAAAUCAUCAGGCAGCUACUGUUAAAGCAAAAGAGUAUCCGAAGUUCAUCUUCCUAACUUGUCUUGGAUCUCUGAGAGUCCGAAGUUCACCGCUCAACGAAUGUUGCGUCGAAUUGUUGAGAGCGUUUUAACACCCCAAUUCAACAUCACUAAACAUCACUAAACAUCACUGUACAAAUGUUGAGCGAUGUUCAGUGAAAUGUUGAGAGCGUUUUAACAGGGCUUUACACGUGUGGGCCACCGGACUCUCUUGGAUACUUGCCAUCUGCUGCAAGCAAUUUUUCUAAGAAAUUGCACAUUUCUUUUUUGUCUACUAGCCCCCAUACCGCCCCUUCAUUAUAAAUAUAAAUCAUUUUUUAAAUUGUGUGCCCCGUUAUGGGGAAUGGAACCUUGUCGUGUAUAUUAAUGCAAAUUUGUGUUAGUAUUUAUUCAACUGAAUCCAGAAUCAAUUUAGAGUUGAAUUGUAAAGUAGGAAAGAAAUUGGAAUGUACUGUCUCUACAAA